GAAAAAACAAAAGCAGAAUUCCUCACCCAUCGCCCAUGUUUUCCUCUGAUUGAUAUUCCCAAAGCCGAUCCUCCACCCUCUUUCGUCUCAUCUCAUCUCGCCCUCCUCUGCAACUCUCUUCUCUUUUUCGGGUCUCUCUCCAUUUCUUGGGGUCCUUGAAACCAAACCCUAGAAACCCAGAACAAGUGAAAGCCUUGUUAGGACGAAUUCUUGCAGGGAAGCCGGGGUCCUUUCGUCUUGAGAAGCGAGGAAGAGAUGGCUGCAUCCGCUCGGUUCAGUAGCGUGGAUGUUGCCGUAACCCUAGUCGUAGCCCUCUUUGUUAUCCCUUUGGUUUCUGCAAAUUCCGAAGGAGAUGCUCUCUACACGCUGCGCCGGAGCUUGUCCGACCCCGAUAACGUCCUUCAGAGCUGGGAUCCGACGCUUGUGAAUCCUUGCACUUGGUUUCACAUCACUUGCAAUCAGGAUAAUCGUGUCACUAGAGUGGACCUUGGCAACUCUAACCUAUCUGGCCAUCUGGUACCUGAACUUGGGAAACUUGAACACCUGCAAUAUCUAGAGCUUUACAAAAACAACAUUCAAGGAACAAUCCCGGUUGAGCUUGGCAAUUUGAAGAGUCUAAUCAGCUUGGACUUGUAUAACAACAAUAUCUCAGGGGUCAUUCCUCCUGAGUUGGGAAAGUUGAACUCUUUGGUAUUUUUGCGACUUAAUGACAACCAAUUGACUGGGCAAAUUCCAAGGGAGCUCGCUAGCAUUUCAAGCCUCAAAGUUGUAGAUGUCUCAAACAACAAUCUAUGUGGAACAAUUCCAACAACUGGACCAUUUGAGCACAUCCCGUUGAACAACUUCGAGAACAAUCCUCGACUGGAAGGCCCAGAGUUGCAGGGAUUGGCUACUUACGACACAAACUGCUCGUGAAUGGCGCUGCAAAUUCCAACUCUGCCCUGUGUUAAUUUGGGUUUUACUGUACGUGGAAAUGGGUAGGAGAUUUAUUUCCAUAUAAUAUAUAAAUAUAUAAUAUAUAGAUAUAGAUAUGGCCAGGGUUUGGAGGUAAAUGUAGUAGCUCAUAAUCAAGUGUAAAUCUUUACAGCAGCUCUCUGACUGUUCUAGCAUUUGUAAUUGUAGCUAUAAGCCGUUUCUGGACAUGAUGGUGGCUAAGGAAAAUGGAUUUUCCCUCUUCUAGUUUA